GUUACAGAAUGGCUUCAUCAACACUUGUCCGUACCCUCGAGCAUCAUGUCAAAAGAAUAUUAAUGGUGCGACCGACACAUUUCGAGCUGAAGUACUCGAUCAACCCAUGGAUGGAUAUGAAGAGAGGAGUGAACCGAGAAAAAGCGUUAAAACAAUGGGAUCAGUUGAAAAAUACAAUUGAGAACAGUGGAGCAAAAGUUGAGGUUAUGGAGUCUACGGGAGCUGAAAGCCUUCCAGACAUUGUUUUCGCCGCGAAUGCAGCAAUAAUCAAGGGAAAUAAAGCGUACUUGGCAAGUUUCGCGCAUCCAGAGAGACAGGGAGAAAGAUAUUUCUACGAGCAGUGGUUCACGAAUAAUGGCUAUGAAUGCGUCGGAGAUCAAGAUAUUCCAUCGGAAGGUGCGGGAGACGCUCUUUGGGGAGGCGAUCAAUUGCGCACUCUGUUCAUGGGCGUGGGAACCCGAACCGACGUAAGAGCACUUCGCGAUGUUGCAAAUAAACUCGAUGAUGGAACAAACUGGAAAGUGAUUGGAUGUCGACUCGUCGAUCCAAGGUUCUACCACAUAGACACGGCAUUCUGCCCACUCAACGAAGACGUUGCAAUCUACUACCCGUAUGCAUUCGAUCAUAUCACCCGUCAUAAUAUGAGAAACGAGACAGAUUUGAUUGAGGUUUCUCAAAAGGAAGCACGCAAUUUUGCAUGUAAUGCUGUGGUGGUUGGGCAAAACGUCAUAAUGCAUCAGGGCAACGAAGAAAUUGCCAAUAAGCUUGUUAAACUGGGCUUCACUGUUAGAUUUGUUGACAUGAGCGAAUUUAUCAAAUCGGGUGGAUCUUCCAAAUGCUGCACUCUUCAAAUUUGAAACCAAAAAAGUGCAAAAUGUCUACGUGUACAAUGUCUUGCAAUUUGAUCUUCAUAACGUUCUAUAGCAUUUCUUCACAAUUAUUCAAUAAAAUUUGAAAACCAAAAA